AUGCCCACUGGCGACGGAGCGCAUAAAUUUGAGAAUAUCACUGGUCAAGCCUCUCUGGAUGGUCAGGGAGGAACUGAGCCGCCAUCUCAAACGAUAAGCGCUAGCGAACACCGCAACAUAUACUAUCGGUUAUAUACUAAAGGAGGGCCACUCGAAUCAAACAACCCGAUCUUCUCCAAUGAUCGCUCCAUCAGUCGUAUCUCGUCUAAAUCAGUGAGGCCCCCUCGUACAGCCACAUCACUGAAGAGGUACAUUUGCAAGAUUGAGGGCGUGGAAGGCCCGGAAAAGAGUGCUUUGUAUCUGUCGCAGUCAGAAAAGAAGCCUGUGGACGACUCUGCUCGUCUAGCGCUCAGAGGGGAUUCUGGCCCAGGAUCAUCUGAGGUUGACCCUGUAGUUCUCGUUGUUGAUAAGGGCGCCGCUAAGAAGAGACCGAGGGCUGCCAGUCAUGCGGGCUCGAAUGAAUUGCCCACAUGGAAGAUUGAACGAUGUUAUGGUGCACUGUAUUACCGAUUUUACGACGAUGAUGGUGAAGCUGUCUCAAAAACAUCGUUUGACGAGAGCGACUCUUCUUUGGGUCACGUUGACAUAUUUAUCAUUCCGCCACCUCACACAGUUGCUUCCUUGAAAGAAUGUCUCAUUCAUGUAGAAGGGGUCUUGGGCCAUGACAUUCAGUUGCUUGAAAACGAGGAUGGAGAGGUUACCUUGAACGAUGGCAAUGUCAUUGCCCUUCUCACUGACAAUUGUCCGGGCUCAAAGGAGGGUCAGCCGAUAGUGUUCACAUAUUCACGGAAGGGUUCUGAUAAAACGACGGCACCGGAGACUCGUCCUUCCUUUUCGAAGUGCCUUACAGCCAAGCAUGACUGGGACGGCGCGAGUUAUGAUGCCGCAUGGCAUUCAGUGGUAGCUGGAGAAAUCCUUCAAACAGACGGGGUUGCAAUGAAUAAGAAAUUCAGCUCUUCCGGAGUUCUAGAAAGAAAGCUUUUGUUCACUACAUCUUUUGAAAUUAGCCUGGGUUAUGUUCAAAAGUUCCACAGGCUGAUCUUGCUUAUUACUGGAGAAAAGCCUGAGUCUUAA